GGUCGUUUUGAGAAAUUCAAAGAUGGACGGACUAAUCGAAUCACGCGUAAAUUCAACUUGAGAUUAUUGCUUAAACUAACGUUAGGAAACGAAGCACGGCGCAUUUUUAAAGUUCUAAUUCAUGUGAAUUAAAAUGUCGCAGUUUCCGAAUUAUCUUUUAAUAUUUAUUGUAACUGUUGUGUUAAGGUGUAUUUUGGGAGAAGAAGAACAAGUGUAUGACAGAUACACGAUCGAAGGGAAAAUAAUUCCUCCAGAUGUAAUUACGCCGGAAUGGUUAUCGUCUACGAGAAUUCUUGUAAAUGGAGGAGAACGAUUUGGAUUUCCGAAGAGUGAUGGUAGUUUUUCUUUAAGUAAUUUAUCACCAGGCUCAUACGUUGUUGAAGUUGCCAAUCCAAAUUAUGUAUAUGAAACUGCCAGAGUUGAUAUAAAUUCCAAAGGGAAGUUCCGUGCACGUAAAGUUAAUUACAUUCAAAGUUCUUUAGUUCAACAAAUAGCAUAUCCAUUGAAAUUUAAAGUCCGUGGACCUUAUAAAUACUUUCAAGUUAGAGAAACAUGGCGUAUAACAGAUUUCUUAUUUAAUCCCAUGGUAUUGAUGAUGGUUUUGCCACUUCUUCUAAUUAUGAUUUUACCGAAGAUGAUGAAUGCAGCUGAUCCAGAAACUCAAAGGGAAAUGCAACAAAUGCAGAUGCCAAAAUAUGAUGUGCCGGAAUUAUCUGAAAUGAUGACAACCUUAUUUACAGGAGGAAAGAAACCUCAGUUAAAAUCUGCAAAAGCAGCAAAAAAACGACAAUAACAAUACUUAAUUGUAAAUAAUAUAAUUUAUGAUUUUGAAAUGAAACUGUUGUAUGUUCAUAAAAGAAGAAAAAACAAUUAUUGCACAGUUGCUGUAAAUAAAUGUUCUGUAUGAUCUUUCUAUAUUUGAAAAUUUUUCUGAUCAUGUAAGUUGCUAAAUUUAUAAUAAAUGUAGAAAAAACACAUGAAAUUCAAUUAA